GUAAUAAUUAGCCUACGAACAGUUAAUUAAGUCUGCUGCUAGUGAAGCUUCAGCCGAAGAGAACGAGGAAGGAACGUGCCGCCACGAGAGUUCCAGCGCAUCAGUACCGAGGGGCAGACAAAUACAGCAGGAGGGCACCGACAAUAACUACGUUAAAAUUCACCAUGAAGCAAGAGAUCAAGGCCGGGGUGGACUUCCUCAAACGAAUGGCUGUGACACGUGGUAACUUAGAUGGGGCCAAAGCAGAGUUGUUUGCAGAAAAUCUUCAAAAACUUCUAUGUGAAAAAUACAAGGACCACUGGUACCCCGACUGUCCCAGCAAAGGCCAAGCAUUUAGAUGCAUUUGCAUAAACAGAAGCAUACCCUGUGAUGAAGUGGUGUUGCAGGCCUGCAAAGAGACUAACAUCAUGCCCACCAGCCUGGGUUUUCCAUCCGAGAUGACUCUGUGGAUUGAUCCGCUGGAGGUGUCUGCAAGAUCCAAAGAGAACAACAGUCCCUUUAAAGUUGCUUCUUUCGACAAAGAGGAGGAAGAGGAGAAUGAAGAGUGUGUGAAGGAUGACCUGGAUGUGUCCUCGCUGGACUCACUAAGCCAGGAGACUUCAGAUUAUCACUCUGCCACAUCUUCGGAUUGUGGUUCAGCUGCAUCGAGCGACACGGAAGAGGAGGCAAAAGACGGGGAUGUGCAGGGAGAAAAAGAAAAAGAAGGGCAGAUUGCUGAGAAGGGAAAGAUGGAGGAUGAAAGCUGCAAAAUAACCAUGGUGCCCAGGAUUCGAAAGCCACACGAAGAUGGCUCAAACAGGGUCAAAUACCCAAGAAAUAUGGUGCCUCCUAACCUUCAGGUCAUCUACCACCCUACACCAGUGUGGCCUCAGUUCAAGAAGCGUGCUCCAGUUUUCAUCAGCACCGUGCCACCACCUCCAGCCCAGCAGGUCGUUGGAUACUACGUUGUGCCGCGGACCUUUCCGCAGUUCAUCAUCCCUCAGGCUCCCCUGCAGCCAUGGCGAGCAGGGAAGGAGUAGACCAAUUGUGAACUAUGGAGAGGGCAUUUUGGGGGCAUUAUAAGCAUUAUAAGCUGAGCCGUCUGAUGUCAGGCCUGGGUACAGAUCUACUUGGACCAAAAGGUUUAGCUGUACAGUUUAAUUAUUCCUUUCAUAAUCUGAAAAAAACUCAACCAGUGUUUUUUUUUUUUUCAUUUUUCUUUGUCAACAACGGCUAUUACUCUGCACAGGGAUACCCCACAGCUCAAGUGAAAACUGCUCUUUGAAUCUGUUGUGUUUGCACUGCUGCUUUUGUAUUGAUGAACUGUACUCAACAAGAACAACAUCAGUCACUGGGUGCUUGAAGUUGAACUCAGGAAUUCUCAGCAAUAUGUUUGAUGCCGAAAAUAUGUCUUUUAAAAAAUAUUUUUACCAUCUGUAAAUCUUUGCAGGGUGUAAAAGUCACAGUUAAUCACUGUGAAAUGUGAUUCAGGGUUUUUAAACCACUGUAGCAAUAGUGACAAUAUCUGUAUAUUAAGUAGAAGAGGCUAUUUUUUUUACUAAGCUGCUUGUAAAUAUUACCACAUCCGAUGAGCACUUUAUAAUCGUAUAUUUGUUGUAAUUUAUUCAGCCACCAAUGGAUGGCAGUCAAGUCACAUACAGUCAGUUUUAUAUAUAUAUAUUUCAAACUUUGGUUUUACUUUAGAAACUUCACUUUUCCAAACGUGAACAUGUUUAUUUAAUAGCUUAAAUGCUCUCUGCUGUAAUAUACAGAACGCUUUUGUCACUGUUUUUUUUUUUCUUGUUUGUUUGUUUUUUAAUUUGAAAUAGGCUUGCUUAAGGUCGUGACUUUUUUAUUGUUCAUUGCUUGCUAUGAGGUCCUGCUACAGCUUUAUAAACCAUGAAUUGUUACUUUUCAUUUUUUAUUUAUUUACAUUUCACGCUUAGGCGUUGAUUGAUUUUGUCCUUAGUUCUUGCUUGAGCCGCAGAAGAUUAAUCCAUGCAGCUUUUUCUGAAAUCAUUGUUCUGACAUGAAUCGUACUUUUCAGUAAAGUCUUUGCUGUUGCGUUUAAA